AUGGAAUCCCAGCUUGAAAAUAUACAUUAUCAAACUGGAAAAAGUCCAGCAGCUCACGGAAAUUUUAUUUUACCGUUUUUGGGAAACAUGGAGUACCCUAAGGCUCUUCUAAUCACCAUGAAAAACUAUUCUCGUCUCAAAAGCCUGUUCUACAGAGACUGCCACGUGCAGGGGGUGACUUUCUUACAACUGGUUGUCACAAAUAUGCGUAUACUCCAGGUUCCUACCAGUCAAGUUCAAAAGCGUCAGUCUCCGUCUACAUUAGUACAGUACACGAUACUCAACCACCAUUCACCAACUCCAUGCACUCAAGUAAUUAAACAAAGUCUUUCAGGUUCCUAUCAGUCAAGUUCGAAAGCGUCAGUCUCCGUCUACGUAGGUCCAACUCUUCGAACCUACAAGUUCUCCAAUCUUGUUGGUAACACAACUUAUCGAGCUUCCGUAGAAAGUUUUGAGUUAUUCCUUCGACUACUUCGAUUAACCAUAGGAGGAACUUUUUUCCAGAAUGAUGUCAGCUUAUGGUACGCCAGCAAUGUAUCAUGGACAGCUCCAGAGAUCCGUGAAACGGGUCAUAGCGCUGUGAUUAAUCAGCAUUUGUUGAGUGUCUAUGAGUUUCUACCCGCCACUAAAAGCCUGACAAAGAAGUUUUCACUGAAUGUUCCUGUGCCAAUGAGCACAUAUGCUAUUGGACGACUUACUCCAGGAUCUGUUUAUAACAUCACAUUACAGGCUGGCACAAACUAUGGCUACGGCACUUUGGGCUGGGCAGUGUUCUCUACACUUUACCGGAACGAGGACGGAUUUAUCCUAAAGCAGCGAUUAAAAACUCCAAAUGCAAUAACGUUAACAUGGCCAGCGCAAUGGUUGCCCUCACCUACUUCUCGGUUUACGGCGUUUGCUAAGAAAUUAAUGAGAUUAAUUGGAGUUGUUCUUGGGAGUAUUCUUUUCCGAAAAUACGGUUUUUAAAA